AUGAAAUGUAAGCGUCGAGAAGUUUCCUUAAGAGUGCAGGAGAUCUCUACAUUCCCACAGUUGAAGAGUUUAAUCGAAGUCGCUGAAAUCGAACAAAGAGGUCGACAAGCAGAAAAUGACGAUCACUCAACAAACUCUCGAGAAGAGAAGCCAGUUGCACAAUUACAGAAAAUAGUUCUUGGAAAGAAGAAACAGAUCAUCUAUAAUCUGCAAGAAUCCUUGAAACAAAACACAUAA